AUGAAUGGAUCGAGCACUGCGAAUCCCUUGGCCAUUGGAAUUAGUCCCGCUGAUGUUAACAACUUCCCUGGGGUAAACACCCUUGGACUUGCGGCAGCACGAGUUGACUUCGCAGCUGGUGGGUAUAUUCCACUUCAUUCACACCCUCGAGCAAGUGAAGUUAUUUACAUCAUUAGCGGGGAAAUCCAUGUUGGGUUUACGAAUGUUUUCUACUCAAAGGUUAUGAAAUCUGGGGAGUUGUCGGUUAUUCCCAGGGGACUUGUUCACUCUGUAUCGAACGCUGGACAGGGAAAGGCUGUGAUGAUAGCUACUUUCAAUAGUCAGCAUCCCGGAUUUGCACAAAUUCCUAGUUAUCUCUUUGGUUCUAAGCCAACACAAUUCCUAAUGAUAUUUUGGCUAAGAACUUCCAAGCUGGUGAAAACGUCAUCGCCAACAUAA